GUGCUUAGUGCAUCCACUCAAUGUGUAAUCUGGUUGGUUAUUAGGAUUCUUGCUACCAACGACUCAACUUCCAGCAGCGGCGCAGUAAUCCCCUUUCGUGCUUGUCACGACAUCCUCCACUAGUUGGAGGAAAAAUGGCAAGCGCAAACGGAAGAGCUAAAGAUGGUGGGGUCACGGAGGAACAACUGAAAGCGGUAGAGUAUGAACUACUGAGAAGCAAGACCAUUGAACAGAAUGAUAAACGGCUAGCAGCGGUACGAGCAACAAGAGCUUCUAUGCAGGAAGAUAUGGAAGCGAACCAAGCCCCCAAAAAGAAAAGAAAGGCACCCUCCAGCGCACCUAUAAGCGCGAAUGAAGGACGUGUUUUGAGGUCUAGGGUAUCAAAAGAUCAAGAUCAUGUAGAUCCUGAGCAUCAGCCUUCCAAAGAGAUUACUUGUGAGCUUGAUGAUGAAGGUAGUCAAAAGAAAGGUGGAAGAAAAAUUACUCGAAAGGCUAACAUAUAUGCAAGGCUGAAUCAACCCAAAAUCCAUAUUCCACUUAAUGGGAAUGGCCAGCCUGUUGGGCCAGAUGCAACUGAAUUUGCCAAUUUCAUUGGUACUUUGGUGAGGAAGCAUAUAUCACCUGCAGAGUUAGAUUGGCGAGAUGUUGAUGUAGACAAAAAAUUGUUAGUGUGGGAGACCUUGAAGGCAUUUUAUGAGCUCGACUCAACUGCCUUGAGCUUUGUUCUCAACACUUCACACAUAAAAUGGAAGGAUUGGAAGUCAGAUUUAAAGAGGUACAAGUUUGAUGUUGCACUGACUGAUGCACAACUUAUGAAAAGACGUGAUAGCAAAAUUAGUGAAGCUGAUUGGAAGACCCUUAUUACUUAUUGGAGAUCUUCGGCAUUUGAAUCUCGUAGUGCUAUCGCCAAAAAGAAUCGUGCCAAUGCAGUGCCUCAUACAUCUGGUAGCAACAGUCAUGCCCGUGUUGCCAAUGAAAUGGUAAACGCAAUUACCCCAAUUAAAAAGAUACGCCACUGUGUUUUAGUGACUAAUGCAUAG